AUGAGUGACCGAAGUAGCAAGCGUGUUUUCCUGGAAAUCACAAUUGAUGGGCAGAAAGAGGGGCGAAUUAUUUGCGAGCUGUUUGAUAAAUUGGCGCCAAGAACUGCGGAAAACUUUCGAGCACUUUGCACUGGUGAAUAUGGAAAAGUUGGAGAUGUCAAGUUGACUUAUAAAGGAGCCAUUUUUCAUCGUGUUGUUAAGAAUUUUAUGAUUCAGGUUGGUGAUUUUUACAAAAUGAUGCUGAUAUUUUUCACACAGCCUGUCUUGCUAUAGCUUCUGAGCUUGCAUUUGAUGAAAUUUAUUGGAAGUGAUCCCAAAAUGUUCAUUUUGAGCACUUACUGAGCUCCAGAAUUAUUUUGAAGCUAGAAUUUGGUGCAGAAAUAGCUCCAAAAUCCAUUUUCCAUAUAUUUAUUUUCUUUUCUGAAUCCAGGACCAUUUUCAGCAUGUUAGAAUUAGUAUGUCUAUCUGAAUUCAUCACCCCCCUCCCCUAAAAAAUCAAUACAUUUCCAUUUAGGGAGGUGAUAUCACAGCUAGCGAUGGAACCGGAGGAAUGUCAAUCUAUGGUCGAACAUUUGACGAUGAAGAAUUUAUGGAAUCACACUCGGAACCAUAUUUAUUGUCGAUGGCAAAUCGAGGUCCAAACACAAAUAGUUCACAAUUCUUCAUCACGACAGCAAUCGCAAGACAUCUUGAUACAAAACAUGUUGUUUUCGGGCGAGUUGUGAAAGGCAAAGAAUUGGUGGAUAAGAUUGAGCAAAUUCGUGUGAAUGAUGCAUCGAAGCCGUAUCAGGAUGUUAUGAUUACAAAUUGUGGGGAGCUGUUUAAGAAGUCGAGAGCUGAAGAAGCACAAGUGUAGGUUUUGGAAAUUUCUUUCAAAAAAUCAAUACCUUUUUUUAGAAUUGAUGAAAACAAGGAUGAAUUUCUCGAAGAAGAACAAGCCUCCGCAGUUCCAGAUGUAUCAACAGUCAAAGCCGAAGAUUUGCCACCAGAGCCGAAAACUCGAAAUUGGUUGUUGCGUAGAUCCAGAUCUAGAUCUAGAUCCAAAUCAAGAGAUGAUAAAGAGGAAUCAAGUAGUAGAAAACGGCGAGAUUCGAGAGAGGAAAGACACAGUCGUAAACGUGAUCGAGAUGAUUAUUUUGACAGAAAUCGGGAGGAUCGAUUGAGUAAGAGAAGUCGGAAGACGUCUAGAUCUCCGGAUAGAAGAAGAAGUCCAGAACGUAGUAUUAAGGUGGGUUUUUGGGGAAGUCUCAUAGAGUUUUAAUAAUUAAGCCUGAAACAUCCAGGCUCUGAAGAGGCUUGGGAAAAAAAUCCAAAGGUUUGAAUCAUAUUAGUGCGCUAAAAUUGCUGACAUUUCAAAAUUAAUGACUCAAUCUUUUUACUGAACCCUGAAAAAACCAUAGAAAAUUGAAAAUUUUCUAAAAUUUUCUUAAAUCUCAACGUAACUCUCUCAAAAUUCUAUCAAAAAGAGUCAUUUUCAGGGUUCCUGAAACUUCAGAAAUUUUUUGAUUUAUAGAAGAGUUUUUGAAUUUUUUGAAUUUCAAAUUUUGUUAGAAACAAUUUCUUUAAGUCCCGACCCCCACCUCCAGUCUAACAUUAAGAAUAUUCAAAUUCAUUUUUUCCAGGAUCGAAUCACACGAACACAAAACGGAGGAAGUGGCGGAACCCGUGUAAAAGGACGUGGAACACCCAGAUUCCAAAGAGACAGAACUCCACCACAUUGGAAACGCGAGGAACAAAAAAAGACGAGUCUCGACGAUUAUUAUAGUGGUGUCAAAAAACAAGAGGAGGAAAAGAGAAUGGCGGAUGCGAAGGAGAAAAAGGAUCAGGAAGAUCAGAAAUUGAAACGUCGUGAAGAAAUGGAAAGAGAAUUAGAAUUGAUGAGCAAGAAACAGGAGAAGAAAGAUGAUGGAAGUGAUGAAUAUGAUGAGGAUGAUGAGGAUCGAGUUGAUUUGGAAGGUUCGGAUUCGGAUUGAAUUGUUUUUUCAUUGUUGAAAAAUUUAUUGAUUGAUUAUUUAUUGGGUAUUCAUUGUACGAUCUUUUCCAAAAAUCUAAAUUUUUUCUUAUCGGUGAUAAAAGAUGUUUUACAUUAGUUCCAUCUUUAUGUUUUGAAAGUACUUGUCUGAACUUUGGAGCUAAAAUUUGAGCUUAUGUUCAAAAAAGGUUCAAAAAGCUAUGAGUCACCAACAAUAAUUGGACACAUAAUAGCUGAAAAACAGCUGUUUCAGAAUGGGAUAUUUUCAGAUUUAUUGCAGAGUCUUCGAAAUGAAAAAUGAAAAUUUUUCUGUGAAUUUUUCUAACAUAAUGUCCCUCAAGAAAUUUCAAGUUUCCUUCAAUAUUUUCUCUGUCUUCUAUAUUUUCUCUUUUUACAAUUGAUCACCGAAACAAACACGGUGGUCUUUUUUUCUAAAUCUCUCUUAUUGACAUAGUCAUUCAAUCAAGUUCAACCUACAAACAUUUUGAAGACUAAUUGUUCAAGUAGUAAGGAAUGAAAAUAUUGACUCAAACUUUCAAACUACAUACAACUCGUUUCAAAGAAUAUUUAUUUAAAGGAAGAGUUGCGAAGAGUGUAGUCUACUUUUUGAUAGUUUCGAAAAUGUUUCUGAUGUUUUUCAGAAAAACAUUUCUUGAUUCAAACAAAAUUGUGUGUAAAAAACUCUUGGCUAGUGUGAAUUACACAAACUGCUAAUUGCGAAAUAGUUAUUUUGUGACUAUGUCAGCUUUUUUAUUGAUUUGACUCACGAAUGAACUAUUCACGUCAGACAUUUUUUUUUUUUUGAGACACGUGGUUUUUUGUAUGCUCGAAUUAUUUUUAUUUAACAAGAGAGCAAUAUUUUCUAAUAAAUAAAAACAAAAAAAAGGUUUUUCUCGUUCCCAACUUAUUCCCAAAAGCAAAUCCAACCUUGAAAACACAUUUUCCAAUGAGACGUGACAAAAUCGACAUUAGUUCACUUCAAAUCAGCAAAAUCACACAGUCUAGACUAUCUUCAAUCGAAACUUCAGUUUUUUUCGAAUUAGUCAUCCUAUAAAACCUGUUUUAAUAAAAAAAAUAGAAAAUAUACGUUUUUCUUGAUAAAUAAAUAGAUGAUAUCAUAUCUUUUUCGGUUUUUGGAUAUUUCAUUUUCUAUAUUUAGUUAGGUUUAUUAGACAUAUACAGUAGUAAUGGAAUAGAUGAAAAAAAAAUUGAUUGAUUGAUUGUUUUUUGUACUAAUUGAAAAUCAUUUAACUAAACUCUUGUACCUAUUGAUCCAGAAUUUUUUUUCUGGAAAAGGUACAUUUUUUGGCGAAUAAUUUGUGCCUUUCUAAGUAUUUUAUUGGUUUCUUCUACAAACAUACAUACUAAACACAGCAAAACCGCUCUAUUUGUGUUCUCAACCUUAUCUCGAUUCCUUUUUUGCCCUUGCUUUUUUUAUCAUUUAGUUAUUAUUAAGAAAAUAUGCUGCUCAAAAUAUUUUUGCUGUUGAAUUGUUGUAUUCUGGCUAUAUUUUCAAUUAUUCCCAAAGAAGAUGUUGAAGUUACAAUGGAUACAGAGAAAAAGAAGUUUGAAGUGAGUGAAAAUUAUUAUUCAAAAUGUAAUAAAAUUGAUAACAAAAUAAUUUUAAGACAUCAAAAACCGGACAAUUAUAUUUGCAAGCUAGAAAUAUGCAAUCAUUUCAAAUUGUAUUUUCAAACACUUCUAUUAUGUCACAAGGUUUGUGUUUUGUUUUCUGCAUGCACACUUUUUAUGAUUAUCUAUUUUUUUGAGGCGCUGUUGAUUGUCUUGUCCAACGAUCAGGAACAGAAAGAGGUCGAAUACGUAUAACUGGCGAGAAAUUUGGAAGUGUUUCGAUGGUCCAUUUUAUUGUGAAAGUGAGAUUUUUGCAAAUUGAAAUUUGAAGAAAUGAUAAAAUAAAAAUCAAUAAUUUACCUAUAAAAAACUAUUUUCAAAACAAAUAUUAUUUCAUCUAAACAAAAGUAUCUUUAAAAAAAUUGUGCCAAUUUGAUUUUUUUUCGGAAUUUUUGCACAAAUAGUGUUUUUUGAAACAAUUAAUUGCAAAUUUUUUGAUCUACCGGAUUUCUUUUGAAUAUUAUGAGAUCAAUUACACAGUGUGAAAUUAUUGAUUUUUCAUUUUAUAUUUUUCAGAGCACUAUGACUGGUCGAGUUCGUUGUGUUUCAAGAGUUGAUGAAUCGCAAUAUUUCGAGUUUUAUUUAUUCAUAUCAGGUAUUUUUAAAAUUUUUUUAAAAUUUUUUUCUCUCAAAAAUAGUUAACAAUUUUCAUAGGUGACCCUGAAAUUUUUUUCGUGCGUAACAUUCAAAAUCAUGACAAAAUUAAAUCAAGACUCGGAAUCGAAUGUAUUGGAGGAUAUUAUUCUGAAAAUGUCACUCUGAAAAUCAAUGGGAAAUCAACGAAUGCUUCCUAUAAUCCGAUGUGAGUUUAAAUUAUGUACUUUUUUUUCUAGUGUAAACAAUAAGCUCUUUCUUAUCGAUGAUGCAAAACACUGAUCUUAUCAGCCAAUUUUUUUGCAGUUUCGGAUUCUCAAUCGAUUCUUCGAAAUUUGUGGGACAACAAUUUUUGGAGUGCGAAAAAUGGAUUGAUUCAACAACGAAUGAUGUUGUUUCUCAAACUUUUGGGGAAGAAGCCAAAGUGUUUGAUCGAAAUUUCGAAGUUGAACUGGUAAUGUGCGAAUGAAAAAAAUUUGAAUUUAUUUUUGCAAAUUGUAGAAUGAGAAAAAUGAUAGGAGCCGCGUUUUGAGAUGUGUGACAACGUCGAAUAACACUGAACAACUGCAGAAUGUGAAUGUUUUUGUUUCUUGUAGAAGCAACAAAUAUUGUGCAAAGGUAUGAGACAAAAUCAGCUUGAAGAAAAAUAAUUUGCUGUCUUGAAGUUUGGUUUUAUCACUCUCGUAAAACUUUUUUUUCAACUUCAUUUCAAAAUUUUCAGUUGGAGCGUUUUCAAAAUUCAAGCAAUCUCAUAACAUAUGCUCUGAAUAUUCCAUAUUAUAUCCCUGAACCAAUGACAUUUUCGUGUGUUUAUAUCCUAAAUCCAUAUAGUUCAAUAGUCCGUGCAUAUUAUGUUGAACCAAUAAAAAUCUCCAAAGUUCCAUUAAUAGUGGCUAUUGUGCUCAUUCUGCUCGCCCUAAUUUCUUAUGGAGUUUAUAAAGUUUACAAAAGGUAGGUUUUUGCUAUUAUUUCUAUCUCAAAUAUUUGUUUAGGCAUUUUGCAAGAUUCCGAGUCGCUGAUACGGAAAUCAAAGUGAUUCCUCACUCCGAUUUUGAUAUUGAUGAGACGAAAAAAAUUGGGAAUGGUCACACUUCAAAAAUUUAUAAAUCAAAAAUGCCAGAAAAAGAUGAAUUAGUUGCGAUUAAAUGCACUUCAAUUAAAAAUAAAUUGUUAGAAGAGAUCAGGAUUUUGAGAAAAUUGGAUCAUCCAAAUAUCAUCAAACCAAUUGCAAUCACAAGAAAUGAGCAGAAAUCUUGGUUAUUUAGACCAUCGAUUGAUGGAAUUGUCUUGCCUUAUUUUGAAAAACAAUCACUUGAUGAAUAUUUGCCAAUGUAUUCUUGUGCAUCUGGAAUUGAUAUGGGAAAUCCUUUAGAUCUGAUGUUUGUAAAUGAGAAAAAUCGCGAUGAUUAUUUAACAACACUUGAUCUUGUUUCGUUCGCCUGGCAAAUUUCUUCUGCUUUGGUUUAUUUAAAAGAGCAACAUGUGAGUUUUUUAUUGAUUUUUCAAAGGGGGGAUGGCAUUGGUUUAUUUGAAAAAAUUUCAAAGUUCAAUUGAACAGUGAAACGCCGUGUAAAUUGGCUUGGAAGUCCAGAUGUACAGUAGUGUUUUUCUCUGUCAAUUCAGAUUAAAAAAAAAUUGUCAAUGGUUUUUUCAACCAAGAGACGAAAUUUUGAAUUGAAACACACUCCACCUUCAACCCUCCCUCUUCCCAUCAAACUUUUUCAUUUUCAGUGUACACAUCGAGAUUUGGCUUUGCGAAACAUCUUGGUAACAGAUUCAGGAAUCAUAAAACUAAUCGAUUUCGAACGCUCAAAAAUUGGAGAUUCUCAAGGAAAUAGCGAAUUCAAAAAAUCACUUUGGAAAUGUUGGAAAAAAUAUUCUAGAAAAGCGAUUCCUUUCAAAACUUAUCCACUUGAAGCAUUGGAAUGUUAUGGAUCUUAUACAUAUUCGGUAAGUUUUUAAAAUCUAGUUUCAAAUUAAUUUUUUUGAUAAUACUUUGUUUUGUAGUCAGAAGUAUGGGCGUUUGGAAUCGUCUUACUCGAAUUAUUCUCUUUCGGAAGUGAAGCAUUCCCAGAUGUUCAAAAUCCAAUAUCUUUUGUCAAAUUUUUAAAGAGAUCGGUUAAAUUCGAAAAACCAAUACAUUGCCCUCAAGAAAUGUGAGUUCACAAAAAUAUUGAAUGAAAUUAUUUUGAAAAAUUUCAGUUUCGACAAUGUUAUAACACCGUGUUUAUGUAAAGAUGUUUCUAAUCGUCAAGAAAUUGCAUGCAGUGAAAUUUUGUUGCGCGAAUAUUUUUUGAAAUUAUCAGCUGCGGUGAGAAAUAGCUUUGUGUGAUUGAAAAAUUAAAUUUUUUUUUAGAAAUUCCAAGACCUCAAGCAAGAAAUGAACAAAGAAUCAGAGCCACAACCUUCUAAAGGUUGUAUUUAUUCAAGAUGGAGUGAUGAAGUUGAGCUCCUAAGUCGAUCAUGA